UGACUUCUUAAGGGAAGGUGAGAUUCCUAAGCGAUCAGUAGAGAGCACUAGGGAGCUCAUUGCUGUGAUGCUGCGGUGAUGAUGGUGAAGGUAAUGACCGCGGCACGGAUUUCCCUUGCUGAGUCAGAACUGGUUCUCGGGAAGCCCUCCGGCUACGGCGGGUGGGCGGUGGCGAUCGGCGCGUCAAAUCCGCGCUCGCACCCGGGCCUGCGGGGCAGGGGCGCGGUGCUCGAUUUCCUUCCCUGCCUUCGCAGGCCCUGUGCGCAUGCUCGGCCUACGCGGGCCCCAGCCUUUGAUUGAUCAGUCGGCAGCGGCUGCGACCCUGGGUGGCUGACGGGCCGGGGAUGGGGAGCCCAGCGCUGGGAGCAGCGCAGUGAGCAGCGGCGGCCGCCAAUGAGUACCGGUGAGUACCGCGGCAUGGGGCUCCGCAAGAAGAACGCCAGGAACCCCCCGGUGUUGAGCCACGAAUUCAUGGUGCAGAACCACGCGGACAUGGUCUCCUGCGUGGGCAUGUUCUUCGUGCUGGGGCUUAUGUUCGAGGGCACGGCCGAGAUGUCGAUUGUGUUCCUCACGCUUCAGCAUGGAGUCGUUAUCCCCGCGAAAGAGCUGCCUUCGGGGUCCAGGACCCUGUACCAUUAUGGGGUCAAAGAUCUGGCCACAGUGUUCUUCUAUAUGCUGGUGGCCAUCAUCCUCCACGCCACCAUUCAGGAGUACUUGCUGGAUAAGCUCAGCAAGAGACUGCAGCUCACUAAAGGCAAACAAAACAAACUGAACGAGGCCGGGCAGCUGAGUGUGUUCUAUAUAGUGUCUGGUAUCUGGGGCAUGGUCAUUCUGGCCUCUGAGAACUGCCUGUCAGACCCCACUCUACUGUGGAAGUCUCAUCCCGACAACAUGAUGACGUUUCAGAUGAAAUUUUUCUACAUCUCGCAGUUGGCUUACUGGUUUCAUAGUUUCCCGGAGCUCUACUUCCAAAAGGUCAGAAAGCAAGAUAUCCCGGGUCAGCUCAUCUACAUUGGCCUCCACCUCUUCCACAUAGGAGGGGCCUAUCUCUUGUACUUGAACCACCUGGGCCUGCUGCUUCUGAUGCUCCACUAUUCGGUCGAGCUCCUCUCCAACAUAUGCAGCCUACUUUACUUCGGCGACGAGCGGUACCAGAAAGGGUUGUCCUUGUGGCCUGUUGUGUUUAUAUCAGGGAGACUCGUGACGUUGAUCGUCUCGGUGGUCACAGUAGGGCUACACUUGGCUGGGUCCCAGAAUCGCAAUGCUAACGCCCUCUCUGGUAACGUCAAUGUGCUGGCAGCGAAAAUCGCUGUCCUGUCUUCGAGCUGCAGCAUCCAGGUGUACAUAACGUGGACCCUGACGACUGUCUGGCUUCAGAGAUGGUUAGAAGAUGCAAGUCUUCACGCCGCGGGGAGGAAGAGACGAUCCAGGUCGAGAAAAGGCACAGAAAAUGGAGUGGAGAGUCCGAAUAGACUAGAUUCUCCACCAAAGAAGAAAGAGAAAGCUUCUUAAAGUGUUGCAGGCUAAUUGAGUCUUACCUCCAAGGGAAUCCACUCCUUACUAUGUGGUGUCUCUGUGCUAGAGAUUUCCUGUUCUUCAGAACGGGCUGUGCUCUUUGGUUAUUGCUAUUGUGUUGUCUAAUGUGUUUUUAAGGUUUUGCAGCCUUCUGAGUGGGGAAAAAAAAAUAAGGCUAAACCACUCAUCUUCUACACAUUGUCAGAAUAGCUAACACACCAACAUCAUGCUUAGUUUAGAUUCUUACCUCAAUGAUUGUCCAGAUGUUUUGUGGCGAUGGCUGCAGAAUUGUGUGCGUAGGUAAUGCAGUAUCCUGCUUCCGGUGUUCGUUAUGGCAUUAGCAAGACGGGCAGCAAAGUUUUUUUCUCCAUGUUCUCUUGCAGGGUGACGUGGAAAAUCUGACAAGAAUGGAACUCAAAUCAGCAUUGUGCAAAUUACUGGG